UUAAUCGAAAGAGAAGAAAAGAGAGAAAGAGGCAUCGUGAUAUCGGAGGGUUGAUUCGAAGCGGUCCUGUAUGACGCACGCAACGCACACAGGAUCACGAUGGAGCGACGGUGGUGGAAAUAGAGGCAAGAUGGUAUCGCGAGAGGGGCGACAGAGGAGGAUCAGGGCGGACGUCCAUCGGGACGAGGUUUCCCCAUGUGGCGAAGAAGAGUUAUCGCUGUUCGUUCACCGCCUCACCUACGGCCCAUCAAAGCAGCUGGAAAACGAGACGGCAUGGACUAGCCGCUCGGGCCGUGGAAACCCUUGGAAGGGAAAAGGGCAGCGGCAUCCCCUCCCUCGGCCCUGCAACCGUCGCGACGCUCGACGACGCUGCACCGUCGUCGCUUCGCAACCAUCUCAUCGCCCUUGUCGUUUCAGCCGGAAGGCUGAUGUUUUUCUUUGUAAACCUGUAAAUAAAAGGCCUCAAAGUGUACGGCGCCGUGGAGAAGACGUUUCACCCGUUCGAGCUGUGCAGCAGGCUUUCCCGCGUGUUCCAGCCGGGAACACUGGCCGGUAUACAAGCCCGCCACCGGUCCCGCCAACAGCCUCCAGCCUCGUAUCGAUCCAACAACAACAGCAAGCAACAUCGACACCAGCUUCCCAUCAGCAAGCCACUACACCGACCUCACCAGCUGCACCGGCUUCCUCAGCUACGAGCGCGCCUUCGGCUCCAACAGCCAGCGCCAGUUCGACAUCGCCGAGCGCCUCCUCGGUGGCGAGCAACAGCGCGCCAGGCCCGCUCCAUAUACCCGCCAAGAGGUUGACCGCCACACCAGCCGCUUCCUCUUACGGCGAAGUCGGCUGCGUCGAGUCCACCGCCGCGCCCGCCGCUGGACCAGCGGGUGUCAUACGUCAUUCGCAUUCGUCAUCGGCUGGCUCCCAAGGAGGUUGGAGUUACAGUCCCCAUCAUCCCCAGGACUCUCAUUACUCGUCUGCCGCAGCCGCGGCUGACUCCCUCAAUCAUCACCAAACCUACGGGGGUAACAAUCCCCCGACCUAUUACAAUCUGGCGGCCGACCCUACCUCCACUUCCGGAUCCUCCAGGGACAACCGGAAAGCCAGCACGCUCAGCUUUUGGUCGCCAGCCGCGGCGACAGCGGGUUCCGCCGUCACCGCCGGCUCCACUUCCGACUACAAGUCUUAUAAUUCGGCCGGUGUCGCGACCACCAGUUCCUCGACCGGGGCUGGCUCUUCCUCCGUGGCUACGGGCGCCACAGAUCCGGCCGUUUCUUCCUGUCAUCAGAGCUUCUCUCAGAGCUGGUGCAAUUACGCACCGUACACCACGGCUAGGCAUCAUCAUCCGGUCGACACGGCUGGCCAUCAUCAUCCUCACUCGCAAGCCGGGGUCCCGUAUUUGGCGCCGUCCGCGGCGGACGACCGAGGAAGGGUCACUGCCGCGAUGGUAGCCGCCGAAGGCGCUUUCCCGCAUGACGGAUACGGCGGCCUUAGGAAUUACGGAGCGCCCGAACCUGUUACCUCCAGUCCGUACCCACCUCCAGUGAUGUGGGGUUCCUCCCCAUCUUCGUUGUUUCCCGCAGGUUCCCUGGCGGGAGUCGGCGUCGGUGUCGGCGUACCCGGGAUGGGCGUUGGUUGCGGAAGUUCGAACCCCCUGGAAUGGACCGGUCAAGUGACGGUACGAAAGAAACGCAAGCCGUACUCCAAGUUCCAGACGCUCGAGCUUGAAAAGGAGUUCCUGUUCAACGCGUACGUGUCGAAGCAGAAGCGAUGGGAGCUCGCGCGCAACCUAAACCUAACCGAGCGACAGGUGAAGAUUUGGUUCCAGAACCGACGCAUGAAGAAUAAAAAGAACAGUCAACGGCAGUCGCAGCAACAGAAUAACAACAACAGUAACGCUAACAACGCGAAUCAUCACACGGCGACCGGUAGCCACCACCAUCCGAGCGCCGCACAUGCGCCACCCUCGAGUCACCACGUGGUCGCGCAGGCGCACCACGCAAACGGUUCCGCGAAGCAUCAUCAGUGACCCGUGGCCUUCUCUGGGGUCGUCUUUGGCCAUCAUCAUCAUAGCCAUGGCUCAACGAACGGUUGUGUCGGAAAUGGGACUGGAACCGCGACCGGGACCACGACCGGGACCGGAACCGGGACUGCGAACGGCACUGGUCAUUCCGGUGGCCACGCGAGUCUGGUUACAGGUCACAGCCACACGCUUCACGCGCCCCAACCUCAAACGCCUCUGCCGACCCACGCUGCCGGUGCCUCCAACACCGUCACGCCCCCCACCGCUGUCGUUCAUCCUCACAUUCACGCACAUGCUCAUCAUCAUCAGUUGGCGCACGUGGCUCAGCAGUAUCCUGCGCUUCUUCAUCAGACGCCUCAUGGCCUGGCUGCCUGAAAGCGAGAUCUUUCAAGUUUUGACGCCCCAGAGAAAUCGUGGAUCGGUCGUGCCGUCGUACAUGGCGCGACUCUGCAACGCAACUUUUCACCACCACCGUCGUCGUCGUCAACACUGGAAAUCGGCAUCCACGAUAACGUCGGUUAGAUAGAUAUAUACCAGCACAUUUAUCUAAAUUCAUUUAGCAGCUAUGCAAAGACUGCCUAUCACUUGUAGGGAAAGAUAAUGUUUCGCGAGUAGUAUAUUAUUAUUAUUAUAUUUUAUUAUUAUUAUUAUUAUUAUUAUUAUUAUUAUUAUUAUUAUUAUUGCCGAUCAUCGUCAUCUUUAUCGUCACCCAUGUUUAUUAUCCAACGAAAGGAAUACUGUUGUAUAGAAUAGCAUGAGUAAUUACGGCGUCCUUGAAACGUCAACCAUCAGACUCUUUUCCCGCAUGUCGGUAUCAGGUGUUGGUCUUCUUCGAAUAGUGCGCAUUACCAUAUGCGGCACCAAGCAAUCUGUCCAAUUCGUAAUUCGGUAGUACUUCCUCCAAUUAUAUAUAUAUAUAUAUAUUAUAUAUAUAGUAAAGCAAAUUAGUGUCAGUGUCUGUCCUUCCCCAUCUCAUCAACCUUUAUCUCUAACUGGAUGAACACCUUCUGUCCUCCUUACUCCCAAGCUCCUCCUCUUUCAACACCGGUCUCCACCACUUGCUCGAAACACUCGAUCGUACGUUUGCUUUGUCUUGUAUUGUUCAGCUCACGCGGUCCAUCGGGAACGAUUUAAAGAAAACAUCGAUCGGUGACGAUUACGCAAGGACGGUUCAAGAAACGACGACAUUGGAUCCCAUGGUUACGACACUACGAUUCGCCUAGGAUCACAGCUGGGAAGGACCUCUUCCUAGAGGUAAGUCUAUCGAAAGAUCUAUCGAAAGAUGUAUCGAAAGGUGUAUCGGUUAUUCGUUUCGUUAAAUUUUACAUUUAUUUGUUCGACACGUGAAAUGUCUACUGUCGCUACUGUCUGUGAUCUCGCGGAAAAUACUAAUAUUUGCAGAGACGACCUUGAUCGAACUAUGGUUAUCGUGUUUCUCGACGCGAUGUUUGUCGCGUAUUAGCUUAAUUCGUCAGUGUACUUUGUCGUUUCAUGGGAUUCAAUGCGCUUCUCUUUUUCGACAUUUCAGCCGAACAGUGGGACGUAGGCCGAUUUCCGAUUCUCUACUAUCCCGAUAAAGAUUAGCGAAUUCGAUUUGCGCAUGUUCGCUCGAUCGCUGACAACUUGCAACAGGGUGAAACGAUUUAGAUCUAAACUUUAGAUCUUUGUAGAUAACUUCUGUACUUCCUGUUCGUUUCGUCCUGCGGGAGGCCAUCAGCUAGGAAAUCGUUAAUAGAAAUCAGAAAGAUCAAAGUGAGAAAUUAAGACUGGGCCCGUUCGUAAUUCUCGAUGCAGCGACUUGCGAGGACAAAAGCGACGAAAGUCACGGCUGUCUCGCAAACAAUUAGGUCGAGGAUGCGUCUGAGGCGGACCUAGUCCAAAGCAACCAUGCGUUCGAAGAAUUAGUCUAAUUAUGUCCAGAGUGUUGUAUUCGCCUACCAAGGAUUGCAAACUAGUACCUAUAAUUCUUAUAUUAUAUGUAAAAAAAUCGAUUUAGAUUUAAAGACAUACAUUAGUGGACUGUGGAGUACUAUUCCGAGACUGAGUUUAGGAUAUCCGUUGUGUAACUGGCGAUAGGCCAAUGAGCCCCCGCGAUUCAUAAGAAAUCGCGAUGCUCGAUCGAUGGUAAGUUUCCAUUUUUCCCCAAAAAAGGAAAAGGGAUCGUAAGAUUGAACAAUGUUUUCAUCGAGCCAAAAACAAUUUGUUUGUUAGUCAUUUCGAUAUUAUUUAUUUGUUGAAUGCGAAAUUACUGUUUUGUUUGGAAAAAUUCCAGAGUUUUCAUAAAUAUGUAGAUAUAUAAUACAUCUAUCAAAGAAUCGAUUUAUCAAAAGUCCAAAUUUAAAUAUUUUCCUCAUCGAGCGUUUGAAAUAAUAUCCGUCCUUGUAUCUACAUAUAGCUAUCGUAACUCGGAUUUAUCGAACGUUCGAAAAGUCGACGACACUGAAGAAAAUUUAACGUGGAAAAGCUAUCGUGCCAGGUGCCGAAAUUCCACUUUCCAGAUUCGGGGACGGAUGUUAUCUCGGCCAGCCGAAUGGAAAGGGAGCGACUGACUCGCGAGACGAGCGAACCAGACGGGCCAACAAACGAAGUCCUAAACGCGGUCUUUAACUAUAAGAGCGAAGAAGACGUAGGGUUUACCUUUUAAUUGGUACGUCAGCGAGUAAGUAGGUAAUUUAAUCGGAUGUUAAAUGAAAAUAAAUAUCCCAAUGGAUCUCUAUUCUCUAAGGUGCAACAUUAUCUAAAUUAUAAGGACCGCUGAAUGAGUGUGCAUGCCUACGGUAUAUUACAUAUACAUACACGCGUAUUUUCCGAAUGUUUUGCGCGAGUGUGCGAGCGCGCUCACGCACCUAUAUCCCUAUAUACACUUGUGUGCGAGUUUGUGUAUGUGUGAGCGAGUAAGUAUGUGUGUAUGCAUGUGUAGCGUAGGACAAAACCGACGAAAUGUAAGCGCGGGCUUUACAUCGAAGAGAAAAAUCGAUGAAGAGAAAGUAGGACCGGCGAAGAUCGGAAUUUCUUUAGAAGUGUAGGAGCGCGCGCGCGCGCGCGUUGUGUACUUGCGAGCGUGUAGAGAGGGAGAGCGUGAGCGCGGCGCGUGAGUGGAAUGUGUGCGAGAGAAGAGAACGACGAGACGCAGAGCGAUAGAGAUUGAGAGGAAGAGAAGAUGCAGAGAGCGGUAAAGUGAAAAACAAUGUUAUAAAUAACGAUAAAUAGAUGCGUGUCGCGAAGAGGAUGGAAGCAACGAAACAGCGAAAAAUAUGUAUUGUAAUAAUUAGAGUAACUUUUAAACGAAGGAAAAAAUGGAGAAAUGAAAUGUACUUACACACACAGAGACAUAGAUCUGCGCACGGAAAUACACGCGAAACACACUGUGAGAUUGGAUCUUUUAUAGAUGAUAUAUAGGUUCCGCCGCGACUACUAUUAAUACAUUAAUUAUGUAACGACGAAUAAAGUAUUGAAUACACGAGUAUAGAUAAGAUGGAAAUAGAGAUCGUAUAAAAAGAAAAACAGAAGACAGAACAGGAAAAUUUCGCAAGGGUCGACGUCAAGAUAAAUAUUGUAAUCGGCGCAUCAUUAGGAUUUCAACGUGAAUUAUUGAUUGUAAUUAGUUACUAAUUGUUUUCCCGCUGACGAUCUUCAACGCGAUUACUACGAUUAUUAUUAUUAUUAUUAUUAUUAUCAUUAUUACAUCAUUAUUAUUAUAUUAUAUUAUUAUAUUAAUUAUUAUUAUUGUGAGCGUCACGUUAAUAUUAUGUUAUUGUUUUUAUUGUGUGUUGUUUUGUAUGUACCUAUCAGCCAAUUACGAUCAUGAUAUUAUUAUUACAAAAUGGUAACGAAACGAAUGGGCCUACAGGUAUACAUGUACGCGGAAGCGCACAGCUCGACAAGUAUACAGAGGAACACGGUUUUAUUAAAUCUGACUAAUUUUUAUUUUCUGCGGGAUAAUCCUCGAAUCUGCAUCGAAUAGGCUACUUCGACUAACGAAACAGUCGAUAUUCCGAUUUUUCGACUAAGUUUCCCAAUUAUUUUCCCCUCUGUUAUGUUUUAUGUUACCUUUUUUCAAAUUUUUCCUUUUUGCUCAAACCCGCCGCGGGAAGGUUUAUAUUAAAUUUGACUUGUUUCGGAAGCUUUAAGACGCGUUUAAACGAGAAUCGACGAGCUUUCCAUCGAAUUCAUUUUUGCGAGAACGAUCGACGAGGAUGUUUCAAUGGAGACAAUUUGUUAAGUCCUCGAGUAAUCGAGGAGAUGGGAACGAGAGAGAGAGAGAAAAAAAAGGAGAGAAUGAGAAAGUGUGUGUGUGCGUGUUUGUGUGCGCGAGAAUGGAACGCCAGGCAAUCUCGUUUGCUCGAAGGGGAAAAAGAGGAAGAAAAUGUUAUACAUUGCGAGAACGCGAAUUUAUUUUUUUUAUAUUCAAGUUAGAAAAUGAAAAAAAAAGGAAAAGAAGCGACAAAUUGUUCUUGUGUUAUUACGUUUCUUUUUUUUUUUUAUAUCGACGUCCAAGUGAUCAAGUCACGUUUAUAAUUUCUCCUGGAUGAAAGGAAAUGUGAAGAGAAUUAUAAUUAUAUUAUUGUUUCAUGCUCAAUAUUGUUACAUUUACUAUAUCAACGAAUGCCGGACCUUGAACACGAAAAAUUAACGUCCUUCCACUUCUACGAAUAUCCAUUGUAACUUUACGAAGCUCAUUUACAUAUUCCGCGUUUACUCUGUAUAUCUGUCACGAACCCUCACCAACUCCUAAUUUUUAAGUGAUUCAUCCUCCGUUGCAUAUUUCUUAACGGCGUAUUCUCAUGAAUUCCUGGUAUAAAAUAACAAGCAACGCUACAGAGACUUUGUUUCCUUUGCAAACCUCGCGAGAAUUCAUGGCUCAAAUAAUCUUGGAACGUACACGAUUCGCGACGUACUGGUAAGGUUUGCGGUCGUUUGUACCUGUAAUCGACCAGUACGAUAACGAGCUGUUCGCUGUGAGGUAAGUAAUCGAGUUGGAGUUGGGAUAAGCGUGUUCUAUUCUUCCUUUUAUGCUUGCAAUUUGACACGUGUUCUGUAUAAGUAUGCUCGUACACGUGCCAAUCGUUAAUCAAUACAAAGGCAUACGUUCUCGACAAAGAUUAACAUAUUCUGUGGUGAAAAACGAAACGAACGAACCGCGUUCGAUCUAUAUAAUUAGAACGUACGUGUCGCUUUAUUUCGCGUUGAAGUCCAUGUAAUCGUCCGUUGGUAUUAUUUUAGCCAUGAUAGUCGAGCCGUACGAAGUUCUCCGGGGGAAUUGUUUCGAUACUUUUAGGAAGAACGAGUUUCAUUAAACGAAAGAUACAAAUGUUCGCCCCUCGUGAUCGGAUCUGUCUGGUUUUAGUUGUAUUUGUACGAUAUUAAUUAUGGUCGUAAGUGAGAUAUUAUACGCUACUUGUAAAUAAAAACACAAGAUUUAUCCUGUAUUGAAGUGCAAUAAUAAAAACAUGUUUAAUUAGUGCCAAAGUAA